AACUAUAGUACUACUACUACCACACCCUUUUCUCUCUCUCUCUUUUCUCCUUCUCUAUAUCGUCGACUACCUUCAAUUUUUUAUAUAUACUUUUGUUAUUUAUAUAUAUAUAUAUAUAUAUAUAUAUAUUAAGCUUUGGUGGAAGGAGACGUUUCCUCGUUUUUCAGCUGUUUGUAUCUUCUGACACAAUUUGAAAUUUCAUCUCAUUUCAUUUCAUUUCAUUAUAAGCACAUAUAAAAUAGAGGAUUAGAUAGAUACAUACACAAAUAUUUAUAUACAUAUAAUUAUUUUUUAAUACAACAAUAAGUUCUUAUCAUUUCCAUAUUCCCUACAUCCCUUUCUUUCUUUCUUUCUUUCUUUCUCUCUCUCUCUCUCUCACUUUUAUUUUUUGUUUUAAGAAAAAAAAAAUUGAUUUUUCAUUAAAGGGUUGCCUGGUUGCAUCAUAUGAUUUGAAAAGGGAGGGUCAAAUCAGAAGAAGUUCCCCUGUUUUGAUCUAUUCGCAGGUACUUCACUCGAAAAGCCACAAAAGAGAAAACCCAAUUCUUAAUUUAAGAAAAAGAAAUCAUGGGAUUAUUGAUUUAGGAUAUUUUUAUUAAUAAUUUUCCAGAAAUAUGGUCAUGAAAGUAGAGUAGUAGUACUAUAGUAUAGCAGUGUGUGGGGAUAAUGAAGUGAGUAAUAAAGAUAGGUAUCUUUUUUUCUUUCUGAGUCUUUUUUAAAACCAAUCUCUCUUUUUUCACUCUUUCCCUUUUAAGUUGCAGAGAAGAAAGAGAGUGUGUGUGUAUAUCAUAUGAGUCUGACAGACGACUUUCCUUUUAUAUCUGUAUAUAUAUAUAUGAACUGAUAUUAUAUCAACAUAAAAGAUCGUAUAGAUAGUUAUAGGCAGAUGAUAGAUGGGAUGAGAUGAUGAUGAUGAUGAAGCACGUGCAAACUCAGAUUUCCAUCACACCAGGACCUCUCUGAAUUAAAGAAAGAAGAAGAGUACUACAAUUAUAUAGAGAAGGCCACUGAUCUCAUCAUAUUAAUGGUUGAUCCCAGUUCUAGAUUCAGAAAAGAGAAGUAAAAUCUAAAGAGUGAAGAAAAACAUAAAUAUAUAUUUAUAUAUAUAUAUUACGAUCGAUGGCGACGUACUUUCAUGGAAACUCGGAUAUCCAAGCACCUGACGGUGGCCUACAGACCCUGGUGUUAAUGAAUCCGGGAGGCUAUAUCCCUUACUCCGACACUCCUCCGCCGCCCUCGGCCACCGGGAACCUCAUAUUCCUCAACUCCGCCGCCAACUCACUCACUCAACACCACCCCAACAUUUCCCACGCGCCGCAGUCCCACCAGCAGACGACGCAGCAGUUCGUCACCGCCAUACCAUCGCCUCACCAUCAUCAUCAUCAUCAUCAACAGGACCCCAACAACUCCCAGCAGCCCAUGCAGCAGCAGACUCAACAGCACGACUUCUCCGCGCUGCAUGGCUUCAUGCCGCGCGUGCAGUACAACCUCUGGAAUUCACCCGACCAGUCCGCGGCGGCGCGUGAAACUCCACGCUCACAGCAGCAAGGUGGGCUCUCCUUGACGCUGUCGUCCCAACAGCUCGGAGGGUUUGGGUCUUUUCGGUCAGAUAGGGAAAUUCCGUCACCGGUACAGACGCAAGGUCAGGGCCCGGCUGUAUCGGGUGAAGAUAUGCGGGUCUCCGGCGGCUCGUCUUCGUCGGUUUCGGUCGUGACCAAUGGCGUUCCGGGUAUUCAGAGCGUUCUGCUGAGCUCCAAGUAUCUCAAGGCAGCUCAGGAGCUUCUCGACGAGGUUGUUAACGUCGGGAAUGAAAUGAGGAACGAACCUUUUUCAAAAAAAGGUACUAAUUCAUCACAGCAAAGUAAACCCGCCGGAGAAUCGUCGGCAGCAGCUAGCGGUGACGGCUCUCCCAUCGCCACCGGCGAGACGAGCGGUAAGCGUGCGUCGGAACUUACUCCUGCCGAGAGGCAAGAGAUUCAGAUGAAGAAAGCCAAGCUAAUUACCAUGCUCGAUGAGGUGGAACAAAGAUACAGACAGUAUCACCACCAGAUGCAGAUAGUGAUUUCGUCGUUCGAACAAGCCGCCGGGAUUGGGUCUGCUAGAACAUACACUGCUUUGGCACUCCAAACAAUCUCGAAGCAAUUCAGGUGUCUUAAAGACGCCAUAACUGGCCAAAUUCGUGCUGCCAACAAAAGUUUAGGCGAAGAAGAUUGCCUCAAUGGAGCUGGAAAGAUUGAAGGUUCGAGACUCAAGUAUGUCGAUCACCAUCUCCGGCAACAGCGAGCUCUGCAACAGUUGGGAAUGAUCCAGCAAAAUGCUUGGAGACCCCAAAGAGGCCUGCCAGAGAGAUCUGUUUCUGUUCUUCGUGCUUGGCUUUUCGAACACUUUCUCCACCCGUAUCCAAAGGAUUCAGAUAAACAUAUGCUUGCUAAACAAACAGGGCUUACUAGAAGCCAGGUUUCAAACUGGUUCAUUAAUGCCCGAGUUCGACUUUGGAAACCAAUGGUGGAGGAAAUGUACUUGGAGGAAAUCAAGGAGCAUGAAAAGAAUGGCUCUGCAGAAAAAAACAGCAAGAGUAAUGAGGAUUCUGACUCUAAAUCCACAACCCCAAAGGAGAAAAGUCCAGCUGUGGAUAACCAAACAGGGAGUUUCAAUUCCAAACAAGAGAAUUCCAUAGCCCAAUUCGUCCCAUCAGCCAUUUCAAUGUCCACAUCUUCAACCUCUCCAACAGGAAUUAACAACCACCGGAAUCAUUCUGGGUUUUCUCUCAUUGGUUCAUCUGAGUUGGAUGGAAUCACACAAGGCAGUCCUAAGAAACAGAGGAACACCGAAACUUUGCCAUCUCCAAACAGUUACCCAUCUAUAAAUAUGGAUGUCAAGCCUGGUAAAAUCACUAAUGAGCAAAUUAGUAUGAAAUUUGGAGAAGAUCAGAGGCAGAGCCGAGAUGGGUACUCGUUUAUGGGGAACCAAACUAACUUCAUUGGAGGUUUUGGGCAGUACCCAAUGGCGGAAAUUGGAAGAUUUGAUGCCGAACAGUUUGCUCCAAGGUAUUCUGGUAAUGGGGUUUCACUCACUCUUGGAUUACCUCACUGUGAAAAUCUUUCCUUGGCUGGGGCACACCAAGCUUUUGUCCCUAAUCAAGGGAUUCAACUUGGAAGGAGAGUAGACAUAGGUGAACAAAAUGAGUUUGGUGCCAUGAAUAGUCCAACUCCUCAUUCUUCUGCUGCUUUUGAAAACAUCAAUAUUCAAAACCCAAAGAGGUUUGCAGCUCAAUUGUUGCCAGACUAUGUGGCUUGAGGACUUUGCUAACAAGUUCUUGAAUAUGAUGGAGAAAGAAGAAUAUUACUUAAGCAUUUUAGGGGAGAAACUUCUCCCAAAAAAAAGAAAUAUAUUUCUUUUCUAGAGGAACAAGGGGGGGUAAUGCAUUGUAGUGUAAAGAAAGGAAGAUUUUUACUUUUAGUUUUAUAGGUUUAUACAUUUGCAAAAUAGAACAAUUUCAGCUCUUAGGGAUUUGAGAGCAUAUAUAUGCUUGAGGAUUGUAUAUUAUUUUUGUAAGUUUUGAUGAUGCAUAUAGAUGGAUUGGUGUCAUCAUUGGGGUAUACCAUUAUAUGGGUAAUUAAAGUAGUCUCUUAUGAUUUGUAUAUUUUUCAUAAAUGAAGGGAGAGUUGGGGAACAAUAAA